ACCGUUCCCAGUUACAUCAUUAGAUCGUUUGCCAAUAUAAAGUUCCGUCUAUUGACAAUUUUAAACAUAAAGACAGAUUUUCCGGUGAAUUUCUAGUUAGUUUGUCAGAAAUGAAUACCUUGGUGAUUUUCGCUCUUUGCUGCAUAACUUUCGCUAUCUGUCAAGACGAGGAAGAAUUUCCUGAAAAGUGGAAAAAUUUUAUGCAAAAGAAUUUUUGUAAUGGAGAUGACGCUGGAAAAGAAACAGUUGUAAACUGUGCUUCAAUGUUACCGGAAGAGAUGCAACAAUUUAUGAUAGAGAAGACAAAAGCAGAAGACGUGUCAGGAGCUCUACAAGCGUUUUGUGAUGAUGCAGAUUUAGAAAAAGAGGCUUGUGAAGAAUUCAAAGAGAAAGGAACUGAGAUUUCUGAAGAAGAUGCCGAAAAGAUAAAGACCUGUAUGAUGGAGUCAUCAUAAGAGUUUCUACGCAAAAAGAAAGUCUGAGGGAAGAGAACUACACUUUAUCAUUUGGCUCUGGCUUCAAAAUGUCUACGCAUUAAAUGCACUGUAGAAAAGAAUCGCUACAUUUCAGUAAAACGUAAUAAUAUUUUGUGAAUGUUCAAUAAUAUUGCUUCUUUCUUUGAAAAAUUAAAUACUAUAUUUAUGUGUCAA